GGGAUUUGGCGUCGGCGGCUCCGGGCUCCGCUCCAGCUCGGCUCCGCGCGCCCCCGGCCGCCCCCGCCCCGCGGCCGCUGACCUGCUGCUCCGGCGCCGCGGCCUCUUCAAGUUGCCGCGGUCGGAGCCCCGGGCUGGAGGCUGAUGGAACCGCCGCGAUGUUCGCUCCGCGGCUCCUGGAUUUCCAGAAGACGAAGUACGCGAGAGGGAGCCUCUGAUGCCUCAACCCGGGACUCCUGGCCAACAGAGAAGCAAAUCAAGAACACGGCCAGGUUCAUGAACCACCGAGUCCCUGCCCACAGGAGGUACCAGCCCACGGAGUAUGAGCAUGCCGCCAACUGCGCCACCCAUGCUCUCUGGAUCAUUCCCAGCAUCCUUGGCAGCUCCAACCUCUACUUCCUGUCGGACGAUGACUGGGAGACCAUCUCUGCCUGGAUCUACGGCCUCGGCCUCUGUGGGCUCUUCGUGGUGUCCACCGUGUUCCACACGAUCUCCUGGAAGAAGAGCCACCUCAGGACGGUGGAGCAUUGUCUGCACAUGUCCGACCGCAUGGUCAUCUAUUUCUUCAUCGCGGCCUCCUACGCGCCCUGGCUGAACCUUCGCGAGCUGGGCCCCUGGGCCUCGCACAUGCGAUGGCUGGUCUGGAUCAUGGCCUCUGUGGGCACCAUCUAUGUCUUCUUCUUCCAUGAGCGGUACAAGCUCGUGGAGCUGCUCUGCUACGUCGUCAUGGGCUUCUUCCCCGCCCUGGUCAUCCUUUCCAUGCCCAACACCGAGGGCAUCUGGGAGCUGGUGACCGGAGGGGUCUUCUACUGCUUGGGCACGGUGUUCUUCAAGAGUGACGGGAGGAUCCCCUUUGCCCACGCCAUCUGGCAUCUCUUUGUGGCAUUUGGUGCUGGUACCCACUACUAUGCCAUCUGGAGGUACCUGUAUCUGCCCAGCACCCUGCAGGCCAAGGUGUCCAAAUGAGGUGGCUCAGCCUGCACAGGACAUUUAGGCUUUUGGAGCAGAGCAUCACAGGGAGUGCUUCUGUGAACUUGAGCCCAGCGCCCAGGCCCCCCGUCUUUCCUCCUAUGGGUAGAGCUUUUUGAUGGGUCCAAGGUUACUUCUGGUGACAGCCAGACCACCCCUUGGGUCCUAGGUGAGAAAGAAAGCAUUUAGUCAUUUUUACGGAGGAGAAAUUAACCCUGUAAUGUGUUCCUAUUCUAGACAAAUGUUUCCUAAUACAACAUCAUCAGAAAAGGGGGCAGACGUGGUCCUGGCCAAUUGAGGAAUGAUGGGCCAAUAUGAGCUUCCUAUAAGGUCCUGAGAAAUCUAUCAGGGAGUCUAGUGGGUUAGUUAUACCUGGGUGGCCAGGGCCUCCUUCUUUGCUACCAAAGUCCUGGCUGGGGAAUUGUCCCCUGCUCAGGGAAAGUCACCCAGCUUGUAGAUCAGGGAUGGUGAAUAUCCACGACCGUGGCAGACAUCACCAAUCAACUGCAGCGUGGCGUGGUAUCAGGAUCCUUCCCAAGACUGCUCUGGGAAGCCACUACCAAUCGACUUGGCACUCAUGAUGGCACCUCUUUGCCUUGCUUGCCCCGUGUGCUCUGCCCUGGGGUCAUGGCCAGACCAGUUCAGUGUCUCCAUGUCAGGGAGCAGCUUAUCCCCUAGAGGGGUCGGUUUGGGCCCGUGGGGGGAGACCGAGUGUACCCAGAGCAGCCCCUGUCGUUCUACUGCACCGUAGCUGGUUCUCAGUGCAGAGGAAUGGGUGGUUGGGGAUGGGAAAGCUGUCACUUGGCCAUUUCUUCUCAUGCCGAAAAAUCCAGAGAAAUUAUGAGAGCCAUUCAUUGGGGGUGGGGUGGGAAUGGGGAGGGGCAGGCAGACCCCAAGCACUUGUGUACUUGCUCCCGGUUUAGGGUUUGUGGUUCAGAUUCUUACCGGGUGCCAAUCAGCGGCCCUUGGAGUCUCCUCCGAUGAGCCCUAGAGAGAAGGCCUCGGCUGAUUUGAUAGGGAUCUGGGCAGAGUGACUGGGUUACCCCAGCCUCUGAAUCCCCCGGUAGCCCAAAGAAAAGGCUUCCAGGGGCCUAUCCUCGGCCCCCUCCCAGGGCUGGGCCAGCGAUCUGUACCCGGUACAGGGACAUUUACUGGGAGGGAUCCAGGCCUAGAUCCAGGGUCUGACCUGGAAUCUCAGACUCUCUGGGUCAAGAUCUGUCUCAUUCUACAGGCUUCGUUCUACGACUCCCAACCAGAGUCAAGUGGGCAAAGACAAGAUGCCUUAUGCUUAGUUCUCGUACAUUCCAGGGUAUUUCAGGACUCCGGCAUCUGGAAUCCCAUAUCCAAGCCGGUAUUAAAUCGUCCGACACAUUCCUCAGGCAGGCAGGUUCUGAGCUGGGAGAUGCCUUGGGGAUGUUCUGUCCUCUUGCCUCUGUGUGUGUGUGUGUGUGUGUGUGUGUGUGUGUGUGUGUGUGUGUGUGUGCUACACUGACACUCCCAGACCCUGCAAGCUGCCUCUGUUCUGCACACCUGCCCUGUGGAGCCCACCAAGUACUUCUCAUCAUUUGGGGUCAGGGUUGGAGUUGGGGGGGGAGGGGAAGCUUUGCGGGGGAAGGUCAGGCUGGAGGGCAAGGCUUGCCCCUGGUUGGGGGCAGGGACACUGUGACCUGACCUCUGCCUGAGCCUGAGGUGGGGAGGGGUCACGUGGGUUCUGGGAUACUGUUUAGGAAAGCUCCCAAAGCAUGGCACCAUGGCAGGCCAAGAUGACAGUCCCGUCAUCAAGGGGUUGAUGGGGACCAAAGCCCUGUGACAGGGCCAAUGCUGGGUGCUUGGGACACUGACCCAGGCUCUCUUUACUGGCCCCCCAGCCCCCGCUGAACUCCUCUGAUACCUGCAUCUCAUUGUUCCUCCUCCUGGGUGUUGGGUCUUACAUUUUCCCCUAGACAGCCUGCCCUGUUAUCUCCCACACCUUUUGGGGUGCCGGUUCCUCUGAUGGGGACUCUGUUCACCCGCCAUUCAACCAACUCACUCCUACACAUCCUUCAAAGCCCUACUCGGGCAUCAGCACUGAAGAACUUCUGACCUUCCUCUGACUUAGGGGCUCCCUCCUCUGCUUCCCCAAAGCCCCUGGGCUCACCUGCCCACACUCGGAGCCUUGUCCUUUGUCACCCUGGUACUUGCACCUGCCACCCAACCCAGGAGCUCCUGGAGGGAGGGACUGCAUCUUGCUAGACUUGGGACCAAUUGCGGCAUCGCCCCCUUGCUGAGGGCUUGGGCCGAUUCCUUAACCUCUCUGGGCCUCAGUGUCCUCUGCUGUAAGAUGGGUGUGAUAAGGCUACACCUUGCAGGGUUGCUUGAAGAUUCAGCAAGUUAAUGACUGUAAAACAUCAGGCCUGGUGUCCUAAUUAGCUCCCUUGGUUGGAAGGCAACCCCUGAUAAUGAUAAUGAGGGGACAGAGCCUGUGCUGCCCAAAGGAAUGAAUCACUAAUGGUGGAAUUUCUGACUGUGGACAGGCUGGUGAGGACACUGGAGGGUAUUCUGGGUAUUCUGUGCAGCCUUGACCACGCUCCCCCACCCCCAUUCCAAUUCAGGACCUGCUUCCCAUGAACUGUCUCUCUUCCCCAGCAUCAUUCUGAGAGUGAAUUUCCCAGGAUUCGAUUUAAUCCAAGCCUAGACCCUGGACCUCCUCCAGAUAUAUCACGAACAUUGCAGGAAAGGAAAAGAUGUUCCUUAGGCCGGUCUCUUCUUAGGUAAGGCCCUGUCCCAGGAGCAUUCUAGGAUGUGCCCUGGGCAUGUGGAGUGGAGAGGUCACGACACUGGAAAUUCAGAUGCCCGCCAGCUCCCUCUUCCCUGAAGCUGUCAUGUGCCAGGACGACCCAGCAUGGCGGCUGUUUUGCCCCAAGGAGCCAGGGGAGCAGUUGGCAGCGGACUGGCCUGUUUGACAUUCCGGGCACUUUGGCAAGUGCUCCUGAGCUGGGCACUGCCGGGGCGCACUGAGGGGUGGGACCUGAUGCGGAGGCUGGAGGUGAAGCGGGUGGGGCAGAGGCUCACAUUUCAACAGCACACGUCCCAUGGCACCCCAUGCUGGCGGCCAGGCCUGCAGUUGACCACCUGCUUAGUUAAUCCGUUGGCCAUGGUCAGGACAAAUCAGAGCAGGCACGCUUGCUGGUGGAGGCCUGGUCCCCAGCCGGCAGGGUUUCCCUGAAAGGCCCAGAGCAGGACUUGCUCAGGGCUGUCCCUAGGGCCACCAGCCCCUCAGGCCAGGGAGGGAUUGAAAUCAAUAUCAUAGACCAGAGCUGCCUUUCUGUCUUGUUUGGAAAUUGAACGUAUGCUGGGAACAGGGCUGAGCAUCCUCCUUUCCAUCAGCCUCGGGCUCAGGCUGGGAAAGGAUCCUAGGAAAGCCCUGGCGGGGAUGACUUAGAAGGCGGCAGUCCUGGGCUUCAGCUCACCCAGCUCUUUUCCAUACCUGUCUGCCAAAGCCAAAGUGCUCUUAAUGUUUUCCUGCAGCUCUGCCUGAGCCCCGGCAUUGGGGCCCGGGCCUCCAUGGGGAACACGGGGAGGGGCUGCUCAGGCAGCCCACAGACCCACAUUGGCUUCAGGCACCACGGGUGCUCCGAGGGGCAGGUGGAGCUCAGAGGCUGGGAGAUGGGUCUAGUGACCUGGUCAGAAAGGCACCUGUCAAAUUUGCUGCCGUGUACUGUGUAACCAGAUGCUGAGAUGUAGGCUCUGGGAAUAGCAUCGCGGGGUCUGUGGGGUCCGGAAGGUGCCUGUGGAAACCCCAGCAGCCACUUCCACAUGUGCACACCUGCUCAGGUGUACUCACGGGAGGAGCAGGAAGCUGAGGGAGGCGGGGGCUUACCUGCAGGGCGCUCCUCCCGGGCCGGGGACUGGUCUCUGUGCCAGUGGCUUUAAAGAUGCUCUCUCCACUGACGGACAUGCACCCUCACUCCCACCCCGUGAGGCGAGGAUUACUGGCUGGUUUUACAAAGCAGGAAACCAAAGCACAGGGAGGUUUGGCGACUUUCCCAAGGGCACCCAGCUUCGAACCGGCAGAGCGAAGCUUUGAAGCCAGGACUCUCUAACCCCCAACCGUCACGUCCCUUGAGCAGAUCUCCUGCUUCCAAGGAAACCCACUACCCCCAAGUCUUUCCUCCAGGGAGGAAAGCCACGCUCAAAAUUUUUAACAAUAAUUAAAAACAAACAAAAAAACCCCACACCCUGGCCUGCAGCCAAUUUCCAUGGUGUAAAUACCAACCCCCCUUCCCCCACAAUGGCCCGGUUCACCCUACCGGAGUACAAUCCUGAAGAUGCAUCGGGAAGAAAUGCGUACAAGCCAGGCCCAGCACACCGCUGCCCCCUGCUUCCCAGUGGUGUUCCUCUCGGAGGCUGGCCAGGGAUGCAGCUCGGAAGGAUCCUGGGGUCAGGCCUGUCACCGAGACACACAGAAAUUUUGUCUCAGGAAUCUGGAGUCAGUCCAGCCCUACACUGGCCUGCGUGCAAGGCCCCUGGCCAGUCCUCAUUCUCUGUGCCUCAGUUUCCUCAUCUGUAAAAUGGAGCUUGCGAUUGGUGUAUGGAACCGCUCUGUCCUGUUAACUGCAGGGCCAAGGCCACGUCUUUGCUGGAAGAAGUCAGAGCAGCUGUUCUCAGCCCUAGGGUUUGGCCAGAAAACCACCCAGGGAGAUGCUAAACUGCAGACCCCAGAUCCCCACCCACUCCCCGGAAUGCUGAGCCAGCGGGUCAUGGUGGAAGGGCAGUUGGAACUCUGGAGUCUGAACUUCCAGCAAACUCCCGGGUGGUUUGGACACUGGCUUCAGAAGCCCUGCUCUGGAGCUCAUCUUCUCUGAGGCGCCGCCCUGCUUGUUACUGGUGAGGUUCUCCAGGGGACAGAACUCGUGUCCCGGGGCUGGGGACCUAACCAGUGCUCUUGCUUUUCGCUGUCUCUUUUUCAUGUGGUUUCACGUUAACCCUCCCAGCAGCCUGCGUUUAUACACAAGGCCAUUCCUUAAACUGGGCCCUGUCACUGAUUUUUCCUAGCUCAGUCCCAAGUCCUGUGUGAUUUCCAUGGUCCUUAUCGUCACUCUGAGAGGUAGGUAUGAGCCCAUUUUACUGAUUUGGAGACUGUGGCUCAGAGAGGCUAAGUAACUUGUGAAGGGAAAGUAGAAAUAAAGAAUCCCGAAUGGACAGAGAAAUAAGAGACAUCGUCAACAGCAAUGCUGUCCAGUAUGGUAGCUGUUAAAUGCAGGUGGCUCUUUAAGUCAAUUAAAAUGAAAUAAAACAAAGAAUUCCGUGCCUCAGUCACACUACCCACAUCAUAAGUACUCAAUAGCCCCACGGGGCCAGUGGCUACCUUUUUGGACAGCCUCGCCACAGAUCAUUUCCAUCAUGGCAGAAAGUUCUAUUGGAUAAUGCUGGUAGAUCAGUGGUUCUCAAACUGUUUGGUCUUGGAACCCCUUUGAACUCUUAAAAACCACUGAGGACACCAAAGAACUUUUGUUUAUGGGCUCUAUCUAUGAACAUUCAUCAUACAGGAUGAGAAAUUAAACCCGACAGUAUUCUAAAAUGCCUAUUAAUUCAUAAACUCAUCACACGUUAACGUAAGUAACAUUUUUCUAUUAAAGAUGACGGUAUUGUUUCCAAACACCAGAAGAUUUAGGGGGGAAGAGUGGCAUCAUUUGUGUUUUUGCAAAUCUCUUGAACGUCUGGCUUAACGGAGGGCACCCGAGUCUCCCGUCUGCUUUUGCAUUUGGCUCUGUGGCUUCUGACAUCACCCGUCCUGUAGCCUCUGAGAGCUCUGCGUGAGAGCGUGAGUGGGAAAGAGGCAAAUAAUGUUGUAGGGUCAUGAUGAAAACAGGCUGACUUUGGGAACCCCCUGGAAGGGUCUUGGGGGGCCCGUGGGCCCAGACUAAACGUGGUUAAGAACCAGGGCUGGAUCCGGAGUUGUCCCCUUUGUUUUACAUCUGGAGACGCUCUGUCAGCGGUACUUAUCAUAGACCAAUGCUAUCUAAUUUUAGCCCAUUUUAGCUGAACCUGGAGACGUGGGCAGGACAGAGAGGCAGGAGGGGUGUGAGCAGUGGUCUGGGGUGCCCUCUUGAUGUUGAGGGCAGGCCCCGUGGCCGUCGACUGUUGGCAAUGCCCAGUGUCCAGCAGAGCGUCCAGCGCUUAGUAGGUGCUCAGACACGUGCUUGGGAGGAACGGGCGACUUUGAGCUUGGUCUGGCUUGGUGCCCACCUCCUCCUCUCUGAGGCUGGGAAGGCUUUUGGCGAGGGAGCCUCCUGCAGUCUUGGUCCCUUUACAUCUGGGGCCAGAAGAGGCAAGUUCACUACCAGGGUCCGCGGGGACACUGACCGCCCUGGCCUUUACUCUUGGUGUCUCUGCACAUCGGAAGAUACCUCGGAGCGCUCCCGGGAGGCUCUCGGGCUAGUUUUUCCAACUCCAGUUUGUAGCGAGCUUUGCCUCUGCCCUGAGUGGGUCUGCAGCCCCCAGGGUGAAGGAGACAGGACCCCGGUGAAACAGACAAGGUCUUCACAUGUCAGGGUGGCCUUGAGAAGAGACCCUGAGACUCAUUUGCGGGAAUGCAUAUCCAAGUGAUUUGGACGGGGGUUGUUUCCUUAAAGAUGUUUUCAUUAUAAAAAUAUAUGCUUACUGGAAUUCCCUGGUGAUGCA